UACAACUGUGAGAAACAUGCACUGAUGUUCACUCAGAACACACUCCAUGAUGCCUCUGAAACGGCACGUCUCCACGGGGUCUCCACGGAGCGUUUUCUCUUAGAAAACAUGCGCUUUCUACCAACUUCCCUGUGGCUAACUGAUCCAUUCCUCCUCCAGCUAGUUUGGCCCAAAUGAAUGCAUGGCAGCUUUGUUGUUCACCCGCCUCAUGACAAGGCUUGAAACACACCAAAUCGUGCAGGUUUGCAGCAUUUCGGUGACCACACCCUCAGGAAGCCACCGGUUAGCGCUCAGGGCCUGAUGUUUAACUACCUGAGUGCUUAUUCAUGAUCUGAUUCAAGUCUGCUCUUUGGUUUAGUGUUCAGAGGCACAUUUAAGCGCUCUGGCACUGCUGACACGCAGAGCACAUUGGAAGGGAAAAAACCCAGCCCUGCCAGCUGACUGUACGGGACCUUUAAUGCAGCUGCAGCUCGUCAUUCAGAUGCUGAGCGGAGCCGCGGACGACCGGAGGAGGGACGCUUUUCUAGGAAGACCAGACCGCGUCUCCUUUCCGCUCACAGUUUUUAAACCCCACUUCGAUGCACACUGAGGGAUUUUCUUGUUAUUUAUAGUAUUUAGCAGGGAAAGAGCUGCCCCGCAUGCAGACUGAGCGGAUUGCGGCACUCAAAGCGUCCUGAAUGAUCGGAGCUCAGCAGCAGCAGCAGCAGCAGCAGCAUCACACUGUAUGAAAUGCGUCACCGUGAUCCAGUUUUCCCAUUUCCAGCUAUCGGCGCUGCACUCACGGACUGUUCCCCGCACUGACUAUUUCAUCAGGUAACCACAUGCGCGGGCCGGUGUCACCGCGCUGAGCCCGGAGAGCACGAAGGGUACCUGGGUCAGAGAGACAAGAGUGGCCGGGAAACAUGGACCGGAUGACAGCCAGAACCUCUGAGGCCUCGGGACUGUCGGUGCCGCCGCACCGCUGUCACGGGGUUCACCAGGCCAGUAACGGGACCUGCGCGGAGCAGCUCAGCAUCUUUCCGCCCUUCUCCUCCACCCUCGCGCUCCUCGUGCUGGUCGCCGUGCUCGUGGGGAUCAUCCUCGUUUCCCUGGCAACGUUCCACUUCCACAAGAGGAAGCUCCGGAACAGGAAGAUCCAGCGCGCGCAGGAGGAAUACGAGCGCGACAGUCGCAACCCCGCGCGCGCCGGGGCGAGCGGAGAGCCCGCGAGGCCGUGCGUCAUCGUCCGACCGGUGAAAUGCGAGGAGAAGCCCUCGUGUCGCGGCGCGGACAGCGGGGACGUCGAGGCGGCGGAGGACAACCAGGCGCCGCACGACUCAGCUCCGCUUGACUGUUAACUCGGUGCAACUUCAGGGAACGAGACUGUGGAAUAAACAGGAAAAGCAAUAAGGCACAAAGAACCCCACACACCCACCUCUGCUGCUUGUAGAUGACUUAGAAGCCGUAGGAUAAGUGCAGAAUACUGAGCAGAAUAGUAGGCCUAGAAGUUAACACUAGUCGGCUGCCACACGGGCACAUAGGUUAGCUAUGUGGACAUAAACCUUCCUAAUACACUAGUAUUUAGCCAACUGGCAAUUCCUUAUGGGACUGUAUAAAGUAUUUGCCUGCUUUGACUUUUGGACCUCUUCCUCUUCCCCUGCCUAAAACGUUGUUUAAACCUCAAAGAUGUUUAAACUUUCGAUCCAUCCCGGGAUGUGACACAUGGUUGUGUUAAAUUAUUAAGAGCUGGUGACACAACACAGACCUUAAUGGCUCGCAGAUCUUCCUUGGCAUGUCCUUCCGACACACUACCAGUAUGUAGUUAGACUAUAAUGGAUGUUGUGGUGCUGUUAGGCAGUGCAAAGCUGCAUAUAGGCUGUAGAAAUGGCUUAUUUGUAUGCGUAGUAUUUUUUCCUUGAAUUAAGUGACUUAGCAUAUUUGCAUAAAGUACUGUCCUCCAGUGUCUGUCAGACAUCUGUAGGUAGCUCUAGUUAGCCUGACAGGAUGCAAGACUUCUUUGCUGUAGUAAUUAAUGCACAUAAGAUUGUUUUCUUUAAUGUGUCAGAUAGUAGGUUUUAGCGCUAAUACAGUAUUUUCAUUUUGGAGUAUUUCUAAUGUAUCCUCUGACAUGUAAUAAACUGAGAAUCCUUCCGACAGAGGGUUUCAGUUCAAGCCAGUCUUUUAUUGAUCCUUCAUAUUGUAUAAUGGUGGGCCUAAUAGACAUUAUGUGUCAUUUAUUAUACGAAUUCACUGUAAAUGUAUGCCAUCAUGAGAGCUGGAAUGUUUUACAGUAACACCAUCUUUCUGGAGUUCAUAUAACCUGCCUUAUCAAAGGAAAAUAUGUAAUAUUCAGAGUUUAUAAAUAAAUACUUUAUGUUAAUCCUUUGAAUGUGUGAGUAACCUUCAACAUUUUGGCUGUUAGCGAACGAACCUGAAGGCUACACAGUAUGUUGAACUGAAUGGUAAAAUUCCCAUCAUUCAGCCAGGAUAAUAUUGUACGGGUAACAUUUGAUGAUGCGGAAGUGUUGGGAUGGACUUUCAUCACGUCAUCCAUUCCACGAGACAAGAACAAAUGACCCUCCUGAGGGAGAUCUGCAGAUCUGCACCGGUUUUCCUGCAUAAGGACCCUUACAGCGAACAAAGAACCACGCCACUGUCCAAGCUACAUAGGAGCAUGUGUACCACAUGUACUGUGGGACCAGGUCUGUCAAAGACAGAAUCAGAUCCACUGUAGAACAGCCUACCGCAUACCUUAUCAGCCUGAUUUAUUGACGUGACGGUUAUCCAUAGGAGUACGAUUCUUAAUCUCAGCAUCGCCCUGUAACGGCUCCACAGUCCAUCUCAUUGGAGGUCAGUGGAAGUGAAUCAGCAUCAGUCAGUGUGUUGGCCGGAUCCCAGGACACCAUGUUCCUAAUUGUCCCCAGCAAGGAAGGCCCGGGAAUAUGAAGCAGCCUGGCACGGCUCCAGCCCUGGAAGAUGCACCGACAGGCUGCCCGUCUAUCUUAUCUCAUUGGCAUAAGUGCAGCAGAAUGAAACCAUUUAUUUUCGCGGGGCAAACUGGAAGCGAGCCAACGAAAGAUGACUAAUGCAUUCUACAUCCAAACAUAUGUCUCCAACUGAACAAUUUAUAAAUUAGGAUUCAGAACACCACACGUUUUCAGCAUAAAUACAUAAGAAUUUUAUAUAAUGUACAUGUAACAGAAAUGUUGUCAUUGCGCUCUGUAUGUGCCAUGAUUUUGUAGAUCAUCCUUCCUGAGCUGUCUGUAAUUUUUCCCUGCUAAAAUGUUUUAUUUUGGGGGGGGGGCUGCACAUUGGCAGUUUUUCCUCCCUCAAAUCAAGGGUCUAAGGGCAGAGGGUGUUGUACACUGUACAGACUGUAAAGCACCCUGAGGCACUGUGAUCUGUGAUUUGUGAUUUUGACUUGUGUGAAUAAAAAUGACUUGAUUUAAA